AUGGCGCCGACAGAGGAAGAUAUUGCGUGGUUCAAGUCAACAUUUCAUCCAAUACCCAAAGCUGCACUGCCUGAUGAUUGCAUUGAGUACACCAUCUAUGCUCUGUCGUCAUCCCUAGAUUCCACCAACGACUCCGAGACAAGGCUACGCUUGAGGGACUUUCAGAAAUACGCAGUCAGUUUGCAGAAGCAAUGGCUACGUGACUACAUAUGGCAGCGUCAGACUUUCUCCUUGGAAGUACAAAAAGACGAUGGUGAGGUCGGUACCCACGAUGGCAGGGCACUCAAGAGGGAUCUAACCAAAAAUGUAGGAGUUAGUUUUCUUCGCGGGCGUACCGAGUAUGGUGACUCGAUCGAGGACGAAUGGGUAGUCGUUUGGAUUUUGCGAGAGAUUACGAAGAAGUUCAGCGACGCCUGGGUCAAGGUGACGGAUACUGAUGGCGAAUUCCUUCUGAUUGAGGCGUCGGGCUCACUUCCCGGUUGGCUAGAACCUGAUGUUGCGGAGAAUCGAGUCUAUAUCAAUGAUGGCCAGCUAAAGAUCAUCAAGCCAGCAGCAGGCUCCCGGUCAGCCAAACGAACAGAAGAGAAACUAAAUCCAGCCGAGGCUCGUCAAAUCAUUCUGAAAGCGCCGAAGCGGCUUAUGCACUCGACUUUGAUGGAGGAGGAAGCCUUUUACCGGUUGCGGAACUACCCCCAGCAAAUCAACGACAACAUCCAUCACGCGCUGGUGACUGUGCCGAGAAUAAUAGCUUUCCUGCUGAAACAGAAUCCAGCAUAUAUUGCUCCGGCUGUCGAAGCAUUCUAUUUGAGAGAUCCAGUCUCACUCACAAGACUGAGCGGCAAAACUGGAAGAGAAACGUUGCCCAUCCCACCCACAGAUACGGUAACACUUAGUGUACGGUUUCCGAAGGUUGCCUACGCACAGUUGAGGUCACAGGAUUUUCCUGCUCCUGCUGCUUUGAGAGACAUGAUGCCGGCGCAACUAGAGGGGGAGGGCUUUAUUCGAGCGGAAACAGGAAUGAAAAUCACAUGUGGUUUUGAGAUGCUUCUGACAGAUUCUCAGCACCAAGAUAAACCUGCUGUGCGAGAGAUGAAACUUUUGUUGGAGGACCUCGACGCCGGCGAAGAGGUGCUACCGACGGAUGAGACCAUGUCUCAUUGGGAGAUGCGACAAGAUGAUGAGAAGUGGAUGGAUAUCAACUUUGAAGACCUGGAGAAUGAGCUUGAUAGCAGCAGAUCGAAGCCGAAUGCGGGAAAGAAGCGUGAGUUUGGUGACAAAGCGACACAUGAGAAUCUGCAGAGGAUUGUUAAGCAGUUCGAAGAGUUCAUGAACGAUGAGAAAGCCGGCUCUGACGGAGCCGGCAUGUUUGGUGACGGGGACGAACUGGAUGAUGAUGACGAUGACCUAGACGACGACACUGACGACGAAAGUGGGGAAGACAAGAUGGCCAGCUUUGGAGAAGACGACUUCACGAAGCUGAUGCAGGAGAUGAUGGGAAUGCCUCCUGAAGUCAUGGCAGAGCUGAUGAAGGGAGAGCUGGGUUCGGAAGCGGCUGCUUCACAGGCAGGCGAAUUGGCAGCGGCUCGGACGAAGACCACAAUGACAGAGGCUGCCAAUAGUGGUGAUGGCGAUGAGGAAUUCGAGGCACACAUGCGACAUCUCGAGGCGGAACUUCGUGAGAAGGGUGCACUUGACCUCAACGCAUCUGAACGAGCCCUGAAAGGUGAAGGUGCAGAUUCAGACCUGUCAGACGAUGAUCUGGACGACAACGAUAUCGAUAUCAACCUGGCCCAGAACUUGCUCGAGAGCCUCAAAGCACAAGCGGGUCGAGCAGGGCCAGGUGGCAAUAUGCUGGGAAUGAUGGGUGCUUCUUUGCCGCGCCAGGACGAAGAACAGGAUGAGGAAGCUGGUCCGAGCCACCAUUCGAAGUGA